GUCACCACCCUCCUCUCCUCCUCCUCCUCCUCCUCCUCACUCCACUGAGCUUGAGUCGGCACUGAGCUCGAGAGCAGUCUCUGCUGCUUCUUGAUCGAUCGAUCGAUCGAUCGAGUCGAGUGUGGGCGUUUGCGGAGCUCGAUCGUCUGUUGUUUGUUGGUGGAGGCGAUCAUGGUGCAGCCGGUGUUCGACGCGGCGGUGCUGAGCGGGCGGACGGACAUCCCGUCGCAGUUCAUCUGGCCGGAGGGGGAGAGCCCGACACCGGACGCCACCGAGGAGAUGCACGUCCCGCUCAUCGACAUCGGCGGCAUGCUCUCCGGCGACCCCCGCGCGGCCGCCGAGGUGACGCGCCUCGUCGGCGAGGCCUGCGAGCGGCACGGCUUCUUCCAGGUCGUCAACCACGGCAUCGACGCCCAGCUGCUGGCCGACGCGCACCGCUGCGUGGACGCCUUCUUCACCAUGCCCCUCCCGGAGAAGCAGCGCGCUCUGCGCCGCCCCGGCGAGUCGUGCGGCUACGCCAGCAGCUUCACCGGCCGGUUCGCGUCCAAGCUGCCCUGGAAGGAGACCCUCUCCUUCCGGUCCUGCCCCUCCGACCCCGCCCUCGUCGUCGACUACAUCGUCGCCACCCUCGGCGAGGACCACCGCCGCCUCGGGGAGGUGUACGCUCGCUACUGCUCGGAGAUGAGCCGGCUGUCGCUGGAGAUCAUGGAGGUGCUCGGGGAGAGCCUGGGGGUCGGCCGCGCCCACUACCGGCGCUUCUUCGAGGGCAACGAGUCCAUCAUGCGCCUCAACUACUACCCGCCGUGCCAGCGGCCGUUGGAGACGCUGGGCACGGGCCCGCAUUGCGACCCGACGUCGCUGACCAUCCUCCACCAGGACGACGUGGGCGGCCUGCAGGUGCAUACCGACGGCCGGUGGCGCUCCAUCCGGCCGCGGGCCGACGCCUUCGUCGUCAACAUCGGCGACACCUUCAUGGCGCUCUCCAACGGGCGGUACAAGAGCUGCCUCCACCGCGCCGUCGUCAACAGCCGCGUCCCACGCAAGUCGCUGGCCUUCUUCCUGUGCCCCGAGAUGGACAAGGUGGUGGCGCCGCCGGGGACGUUGGUGGACGCCGCCAACCCGCGCGCCUACCCGGACUUCACGUGGCGGUCGCUGCUCGACUUCACGCAGAAGCACUACCGCGCCGACAUGAAGACGCUCGAGGUCUUCUCCUCGUGGGUCGUCCAGCAGCAGCCCGCCAGCGCCAGGACAUGAUGGAUCCCAGGCAUUCGCGCGCCAUUGGUGCUGCAGUGCAGGGAGUGAGAAAUCGACCGUCCAACUCGAACGUUGUUGUUAUUUACCGCUUAAUUGGUUGACGACGAUCUAGUACUAGUAGUAGUAGAGUGGUAGCGAUGCAUGGAUGGAUGGCAAGAUUUGCUACUUUACUUAUAGUACUCCUACUUAUUAGAUGAUGAUUAAUUUCCUACUAUAAAACCGAAUCGUGUUCGGACGU